UUUUAAGGAAACCUAUUGUGGGCUCAAGUCUAAUGAUGCUGGAGAAGUAAUGAUUCAUGGAAGUAGAUUUGGCUAUGAUAGUCAGAAUGUGCUUCAUAUAUGCUCCUUAAUAAAUUAAACAGUCUCAACCAAAUAUGCUUUUCUAAUCGUCCUUCUGCUUUUUCCCAUUCGUAGGUGCUUCACACCUAAGGGAUGUAUUCUAUCGAAUGGGUCUAUCUGAAAAAGAUAUCGUAGCACUAUCAGGGGGUCACACAUUGGGAAGGGCUCAUCAUGAGAGAUCGGGAUUUGAAGGGCCUUGGACAAAGGAGCCUCUGAAAUUUGACAAUUCUUACUUUCUGGAGCUAAUUAAAGGAGAUUCAGAAGGUCUUUUGAAACUUCCUACUGAUAAAGCUCUGAUGAAUGAUCCUGUGUUCCGGAGUUAUGUCGAAUUUUAUGCUAAGGAUGAAGAUGCAUUCUUCAGAGAUUACGCAGCCUCACAUAAGAAACUCUCAGAGCUUGGAUUUACUCAUCCUUUGGCCAUGAAGAACAUAUUGGCAAAAAUUGGUGUAAUUGCAGCAGUGGUGAUAUUGAGUUACUUGUAUGCAAUAAACAGAAGCGCCAAUUAACUUAUGUCCAAACAUAUUGAUCUUAUUUCAUUGGAUAUGUGUGGUGAAACAUGAUAACAUCAUCUUACUAUUUCUUCUGUAUAUAUUGAUGUUCAUGUCUGGAAUCUUUAAACCACCUCUUGAGAAAUUUGUGAAUUGAGUUAUUUGAUCCAAGUGCUUUCAUGUUU